AGCUGAGUUGGCACAAAAGAAUUUUUAGAACUUUCGAAAUUUUGAUUUACACAUGUCAUCAGAAUCUAAAUCGCCUCCCUGGACCCCGUGUGUUAAAAUUGUAGAGAAUGUAGUAGAAUUCUAAGAAAUGUCACGUGUGUCAUCAGACAGCAGCAAUUUUUUAGCUUGUUAUACCUCGACAACUCCUGUAUGGGUCGUUUCUCUCUCUUCCCACCCUAGUUUUUUAGAGCAGUAUGUGAACUAUGUAUGUACUAGUCGUGCAAGUUUCGAUUUUCGACGAUGAGGUUACAGACAGUAAGUUGUUGGACUGAUUCUAAAAUGCAACCACUGCCGCGUUACAACUCGCAAAAUACAAGGCAACUGACCUCGCUCGCUGUUGUCUCAAGAAGAACGUAAAUUCUAACAAAGGAAAAACUGUGUUUUGCCAAAUCACGGACUUAGUCGCACCGAACUGUUAAUACAGGGGAAAAAAAAAAAAAUUUUAAAGAAAAAAAAACUAGAAAGGCGCUGCAUCGACUAACACGAUGCCUUUCCGAAACCACCUGUAACCGAGCGGCAGCUGCGCAGCGCGCGCUCUGCCCUCCCUCGCGCCAACAACCCCCCACUCCCUCAACGGUCCCACUUUCCAUUCAGAUAGACGGAUGUGUUCGCGCAUGCGCACUUCGCGACCCAGGCCGCCAUUUUGUGCAGAGCCCACUCUGCUAAAGCGGGAGAGGAUUAAAACCGCCGGAGGAGAAAGGCGUAUUUCUCUACCGUCGUCGACAGAAUAAGGAGCAGACGGCUGGCUUUCGUUUGAAUUUAACGAGAAAACAGAGAGAAGAGAGCAGGUUCAGGUGUAGGUAGCAAGCAGGAGAGUAAAAGCAGUUUAAUUGAUCAGCCAGGAACAGAGAGUGGCAUCAAGGACACAGGCGUACAGAUGGAAGUGUUCGUUCGUGGUGCAGUGUGUGCUUUCAAGUUGGAAGCCAUGGAAGGAGAACCAACUGAUGCUGUGGUUGAUGAUGGCAACGAUGCCUUUAAGGCAAAGGAGUGCAAGACAUACCACAGACGUCGCGAGGGCGAAGAUGAUGAAGUUGGCGUGGAGCUCAUUCAGGGUCAGCCAGUGGGAAUUGAGGUGGUGGAGCAGCAGCCUGAUGGGAACAUGGGACAGCAGCAGUUGGUGCAAGAUGUGAACAGCAACAUGGACAUGAUGGUUAUGGGAUCCUUGGACCCAGCACUACUGCAGAUGAAAACGGAGGUGAUGGAGACAGGCGUUGUACACCCCGAAGCAGGGGUUGCUGGCACAGUGGGUGUCCAAGGGACACCACAUGAGGCCACCGUUACCACGGUGGACGACACACAGAUAAUCACGCUCCAGGUAGUGAACAUGGAGGAGCAGCCACUUGGCCUGGGAGAGCUACAGCUGGUGCAAGUACCUGUGUCUGCUGUGCCAGUGAGCACCACAACUGUGGUGGAUGAACUGCAGGGUACCUUUGAUGCCACUUCCAUGCCCAAGGAUGGGGAGCCAGUCAUCUGCCACACUCUGCCUUUACCCGAGGGCUUCCAGGUGGUCAAAGUGGGCGCAAAUGGGGAGGUGGAGACAGUGGAGCAAGAUGAGCUCCAGGCACAGGAGGCUCCAGAGCCUCAGAAUGAAGAUCCGUCAUGGUCCAAAGACCCAGACUACCAACCCCCAGUGAAAAAAGUAAAAAAAACAAAGAAGAGUAAAUUGCGAUAUAACACUGAAGAGGGCAAAGACAUGGAUGUGUCAGUCUAUGACUUCGAGGAGGAGCAGCAGGAGGGACUCCUGUCAGAGGUUAACGCUGAGAAGGUGGUUGGCAACAUGAAGCCCCCAAAGCCCACCAAGAUCAAGAAGAAAGGUGUGAAGAAGACAUUCCAGUGUGAGCUGUGCAGUUACACAUGUCCUCGUCGUUCCAAUUUGGACCGUCAUAUGAAGAGCCACACAGAUGAGCGGCCACACAAAUGCCACUUGUGCGGACGUGCCUUUAGGACUGUCACCCUUCUGAGGAACCAUCUGAACACACACACAGGAACCAGACCACACAAAUGUACUGACUGUGAUAUGGCCUUUGUGACAAGCGGAGAGCUGGUUAGACAUCGGCGCUAUAAGCACACUCAUGAGAAGCCCUUCAAAUGCUCCAUGUGUGACUAUUCCAGCGUUGAGGUCAGCAAGCUGAAGAGGCACAUCCGUUCACACACAGGGGAGCGCCCAUUUCAGUGCAGCCUGUGCAGCUAUGCUAGCAGAGACACUUACAAGCUGAAAAGACACAUGCGCACACACUCAGGGGAGAAACCAUACGAGUGCUACAUCUGCCAUGCACGUUUCACACAGAGUGGAACCAUGAAGAUGCACAUCUUGCAGAAGCACACAGAGAAUGUGGCAAAAUUCCACUGCCCUCACUGCGACACUGUCAUUGCGCGCAAGAGCGACCUGGGUGUGCACUUGAGGAAGCAGCAUUCAUACAUCGAGCAGGGCAGAAAGUGCCGCUACUGUGAUGCAGUGUUCCAUGAGCGCUAUGCCCUCAUUCAGCACCAGAAGUCUCACAAGAACGAGAAACGUUUCAAGUGUGACCAGUGCGACUAUGCCUGCCGUCAGGAGCGCCACAUGGUGAUGCACAAGCGCACCCACACGGGAGAGAAGCCGUUUGCUUGCAGCCACUGUGAGAAGACCUUCCGCCAAAAACAGCUCCUUGACAUGCACUUCCGUCGCUACCAUGACCCCAACUUCGUGCCCACUUCCUUUGUGUGUAACAAAUGUGGCAAGACCUUUACUCGCAGGAACACUAUGGCACGACAUGCAGAGCAUUGCUCAGGCCCCGAUGCGGCUGAUGGGGAGAACGGAGCCACUCCCAAGAAGAGAGUGGGGCGCAAGAGGAAGAUGCGUUCCCGGAAGGAUGACGACGACAGCGAUGAUCAAGCAGAUGCUGUGCUGGAUGACAUUGAGGAGGAAGAGGAAGAACUAUUGGCUUCUGCCCAAAUGGAGGUGGAUCAAGCACCACCUGUUACCCCAAUCCCUGCCCCUGCACCCCCAGUGGUGAAGAGGAAACGAGGAAGACCACCAAAGCACCCAAAACCUGCUCCACCGGCAGCCAUCAUCCAAGUGGAGGAUGAGAAUACAGGCGCUGUGGAAAACAUCAUUGUGAAGAAUGAGCCUGAGCCUGAGCAACCCAAUCAGAAGGCAGAGCCUGUGGCCGAGGGUGUUGCCGAGGAAGCGGCUGAGACCGUUGAGCUGCCCAUGGUUGACGCUGCCCCCAAUGGUGACCUCACACCAGAGAUGAUCCUUAGCAUGAUGGACCGAUGAUGGGUGUCCUGGUUGAAAUUUCCCCAAAAUGUGUGUUCUGCUUCAGACACUCCCCAGUUUUACCUUCCUUCUUCUAUAUCUUAAUUUCUGUGUUUUAUUUUCUUUCUGCACAUUUGUUUUUGAGAUAUGUUGAAAAAUGAGUUUUGCCAAUUUCUUUUUUCCAAGACUUUUUCUUCCUUCUACUGUGAUUCUUUUCAAUUUUUCAUUGCUGUUCAAGUUUGGAUCAGUGGCGCUGUAGGGGGUCUAUAUACAGAGCAUAAGAUGCAUGAUUUUAUUUUUUUACAAGAUGAACAGAAUCGCAAAAGAAUUUGGUUUGAUGUAAUAAUGAUUUGGUUCUGCCAUGGUUCUCUGGGGAAGGUGGUGGGAUGUUGCUGGCCCUAGACUGCUCUGAGUGAAUGGCGGUGUAAUUGCCUCCUCCAUAAUACAAUAUAAAUAUGCCCUUGCAGGAUUUAUUGGAAUGUUGCAUAUGGCUGUACAUCCAUAUUGAAAGAAUCCUAAAUUUAUACUGUCAGAAAAGAGAUAUAGGGAUGUUUUUCUUUCCUUAUCAUUAAACCUUUAAGGGGUCCCUGUUGACAUGUUUGUGAUGCCUUGAAUCACUUAAUACAAUCAAGUUCUUAACAUGUUUGAGGGUGACAGGGAUCCCUGAUUUGAUUAGGUAGAACACGGACAAAGACUGCCAUUGCAUUGUUUUAAGCCUGCAAUUAUAAUGUUGUAUAAAUACAAAUGUCUGCUAAUUUUGCUUGUAAAUAUAUAUUUUUUAUUUGUUGCUAUACAUUUUAAUCUUUUUCUAGUGAUGGAACACCUUGAACGUUCUGAAAGAAUAGUGUUUUAACAGUAGCUCUGGGACUUCUGCCUUUAAAGCUAUCAAUCACUCUGUGCGUAAAUGUCUAUAAAUGCUUCACUGAAAAUCAUUGGAAAGGGCAGCCCUCUUCCUGUCUUUCAUUGCUUACAUGUAAUGGGGAGCUUUGGAGCACACGGACCACACGCUGUGAAAGGUUCAAAGGCUUGUUGCAUGAAACACAUAGUCCACCCUAUGAUGAUCUGUGAAAGGGUGUUGAGAGCAAAUCAUGUCCAAGAUGAAUGGCCUUUCUUGUUUGCCACAUCUGCACAAAUAUUGGGGAUGUGGUGAAAUUCUUGUUUUUACGUUUCAACCUACUGUGCUUGAAUAUGACGGGUUUUUUUUUUUUUUUUUCCGUUUAGCUGCAGAUCUUUUAACUGAAAACUAGUAUGAUGGUCAGAAAAACAAUUUAAGUCCUUAUCCCCAUCUCAUGUGCAUUUCUUCAAAUCUCCUUUUAACCCCUACUGCUGUACAUUUGGUGUUACGGGCAUUGGGGUUUUGGAUAUUUGGGACAUGGGGUCACUGAACAAAUUCAAAUUGUUCACAGGAUGAAGCUGGAAAGAUGUGUCUAUAAAGUUUUGUUUGCUUAAACAACUUUUACAGAACUUCUUUUCUGAAUGGAAUUUCUUCUGUUAAAUGUAUUUGCAUUUAAAUAGCUUUUGUUAAGCUCUUACAAUGAUAGGUUGAUGCAUUUUUGUACUUAGCUGUACUGUGAAUUUUUCGGUAGAUGAAAGCCAACAUCAUAAAGACAUUUAUCAGGGCUGGAUGGGCAGGGCUCAAAACAAGAGCUGGGAUGGAGAAUGUAUUGCUGUACAGCUAAUAAAAAAAGGAAAAAAAAAAAAAAGAAUUUCACCUAA